AUGAGUAAUUUACCAUUAUUAGGAACAUCAAAUCAACAAAAUUUUAUAACAAAUUUAAAAAAAUCAACAUUAUUAACUUUAAAAUCAUCACCAGUUAAUUAUUUAUUAAUAUUUGUACCUAUUGGAUUAUUAGCAGGUUAUUUAAAUUGGAAUUCAAAUGCAAAAUUUUGGAUUAAUUUUUUUGCUAUAAUACCAUUAGCUUCAAUUUUAGCUUUCGCAACUGAAGAAAUUAGUGAACAUGUUGGACAAACUGCUGGUGGCUUAUUAAAUGCUACAUUUGGAAAUGCAGUUGAAUUAAUUGUUAGUAUUAUUGCAUUAAAAGAAAAUCAAGUUAGAAUUGUACAAGCUUCAAUGUUAGGUUCAAUUUUAAGUAAUUUACUUUUAGUUCUUGGUUGUUGUUUUGUUGCUGGUGGAAUUACAAGAGUUCAACAAACUUUUAAUCAAACUGUUGCUCAAACAAUGUCUAGUUUAAUGGCUUUAGCUACUGCUUCAUUAUUAAUUCCAGCUGCUUUUCAUGCAUCUUUACCAAAACCAAAGGGAAAUAGUGGAGUUUUUCCAGAACCAGGUAGUUCAGAUGAAUUAAUUUUAAGUUUAAGUAGAGGAGUUUCAAUCAUUUUAUUACUUUGUUAUUUAUUUUAUUUAAUUUUUUCAUUAAAAACUCAUAAAUCAUUAUUUGAAGAAACUAAUUCAGCAGAUAUUGAUCAUAAUAUUUCAAAUGAUGAUAUUAUAACAAAAGAUGAUGAACAUUUAUCUGUUUAUGAAGCAUUAACUGUUUUAGCUAUAACUACUAUAUUAGUUUCAUUUUCUGCUGAUAUUUUAGUUGGUUCAAUUGAUGAUAUUGUUGAAAAUUCUGGACUUUCAAAAACUUUUAUUGGUUUAAUUGUUAUUCCAAUUGUUGGUAAUGCAGCAGAACAUGUUACUGCAAUAAUUGUUGCAAUGAAAGAUAAAAUGGACUUAGCUAUUGGAGUAGCAGUUGGAUCAUCUUUACAAAUUGCUAUAUUUGUAACUCCUUUCAUGGUUUUAAUUGGUUGGGCAAUUGAUGUACCAAUGUCAUUAUAUUUUUCAACUUUUGAAACUGCUAUUUUAUUUGUUAGUGUAUUUAUAACAAAUUUAGUGAUUUUAGAUGGUGAAAGUAAUUGGUUAGAAGGUGCUAUGUUGUUAUGUACUUAUUUAAUCAUUGCUUUAGCAUUUUUUUAUUAUCCUGAUUCUGCUGGAUUAUAA